AUGAAGUUCUCGUUCUCCGUGGCAUUGCUUCCUAUCUUUGUCGCUAUUGGCGUGGCGGUGCCUGUCCCGACUGCGAAUGUCCCCCGGCAGCUUCAAGGCGCGGAUCUGCCCAGCGCGUUGUCGGGGAUGGGGGGUGUGACUGGGUUGCUAAGUGGUGUGAAUCUCCCCUUGGUGGGCCGAAGCCAGUAA